CUACCCGGGCGAGCGCACCGGCCAUGGGCGGCCGCGGGCCAGGGGGCUGCUGGGCUGAGCCCCGCUGAGCCCGCCGGGCCGGCCAUGAGCGACCGAGAGCGCAACAAGAAGCGGCUGCUGGAGCUGCUGCAGACGGCGGGCACCGGCAACGCGCACUGCGCCGACUGCGGGGCGCCGGAUCCCGACUGGGCCUCUUACAAGCUGGGAAUCUUCAUUUGUCUGAACUGCUCUGGCAUUCACCGCAACUUCCCAGACAUCAGCAAAGUUAAAUCCGUGAGACUUGACUUCUGGGAGGACAGCACUGUGGAGUUUAUGACCCGCAAUGGGAACCUCCGUGUGAAGGCCAAGUAUGAAGCCAGAGUCCCUGCUUUCUACUAUAUCCCUCAGGCCAAUGACUGUUUGGUCUUAAAGGAACAAUGGAUUCGAGCUAAGUAUGAGAGACAGGAGUUUAUGGCUGAUGGGAAAACCAUCCCACCCCCAGGUAACCGAGAAGGGUUCCUGUGGAAGCGGGGAAGGGACAACGCGCAGUUCCUGAGAAGGAGGUUUGUCCUCCUGUCGAAAGAAGGUCUCCUGAAGUACUACACUAAAGAAGAGGGUAAAUAUCCCAAAGCUGUCAUCAGCAUCAAGGACUUGAAUGCCACCUUCCAGACAGAAAAGAUAGGGAACCCCCACGGGCUGCAGAUCACCUACAGGAAAGAGGGUCACACCAGGAACCUGUUUGUGUAUCAUGAGAGUGGGAAGGAGAUAGUGGACUGGUUCAAUGCCCUCCGUGCAGCCCGUCUGCAAUACCUAAAACUGACCUUUCCUGAGCUUCCGGAAUCUGAGCUACAUCAACAGAGAGUGGCCGCAGCAGGUGACCCAUGGACUGAAGAGCUGGCUCCCCACUCGGAGCACCUGGUGGCAAGGAGAAGUUCUCACCUCGGCUCUGCUGCCCUGCAGGAGUGCCCUGCAGUCGGCAGCCAUCCCUGGAGUGAUUUCUUCAAGACUGAAGCUGUGGCCUCUACCCGCUGGCUCCCUGGGCCCAGCCCUGGGGUCUCUGUGAUUCUGGUACAUAGGCGGACACAUAUGCACUCUCCUGCCUUAUCUAGGUCUGAAAUGUCCCCGGAGUCUGGGCCCAGGACUUCCUCACAUAUAAAAUGGAGGCAUCGCCAUGAAAACACACCCACUGCAUCACCCAAGUAGCAUUCUUGCCAAAAUAUAUUUAUUCUAAAUUUAGUUAGAAAUAAUCAGACAAACUCAAAUUGAGGAACAUUGUGCAAAACAACUCUCCUGGACCCUUAAAAAAUGUCAGCAUUAUGAAAAAUAAAGUCGCCUGGGAACUGUUCUAGAUCGAAGGAGGCUAAGGUGACAUGGCAACCAAAUGCAAUUCAUGAUCCUUGAUUGAAUCUUGGAUUUAAAAUAUGUAACUAGGAUAAUUGGGGAUAUUUGAAUGUGGAUGUACGUUAACUAAUAGUAUUGUAAGAUUGUGAUAAUUAUGCUGUAUUUGUGUAGGAGAAUGGUCUUGCUCUUAGGAGAUAUAUGUUGAAGUAUUUAGGGACAAAACUUAACAAUGUCUACAAUUAACGCUUAAAUGGUUCAGCAAAAAAAAAGUAUAUAUGUCGUAUGUGUAUUAAGUUUAUGUAUGUAUAGAGUAUACAGACACACACACAUACACACAGAGUGAGCAAGAAAGUGCCUAAAACACACACUCCACACACACACACACAGAGCGAGAGAGAGAG